CCUGACGAGUACGACAGCCAACGGAAGAUGGCGUGGAUGGGACUUGGGUGUUUGCUGAUGGCCAUGGCCAUGACGGUCGCCGCUGUGCAGUAUCCCCGGCUAUCGAAAUGGCUUGCAGAGGGGGAAGCGUGUCCUCGUCUACCCGGCUACCCAGAGAGCAGCUGCCUGGGCAUCAAGAACUGUCCCAAUGUCGAUUUGUAUAUUCAUUCUGGCAGAAUGACGCUGGACGAGGUGGUGCAGUGCGGAAUUGGUGUCUACAUGGAGCUCGUUUGCUGCCCCCAGGCGACGCUUUUGAGACCCACAGGAGGGCGUGAAGGUGUGCGUGGGCUCUAUCCGCAUGUGGCCUCGCUGCGUUACUUGAACCCAGUGACAUUGGACUCGCAAAUCUUUCGCUGCACGGCCUUCCUUCUGAAGGAGAACUUUGCUCUCAGCUCAGCCGCAUGCGUUGGCUCCGUGAUAGCGGACCCCAACCAUGUGCAGCUGGGCAUAGAAGAGCCCUUCGAGGACAUCCAGGAGAUCAAUAACAUUACGCGCCACAACAACGACCUCGUGCUGAUCCGCAUGAGAAGUGGCUACGGCAGAGAGUCCAUUGCGGAGAUCUGCAGUCAGGCGGACGUGGACAGCCGCCUGAAGCUGGUGGCUGUGGGCUUCUCCCAGAAGAACGGAGAGAACUGCCAGUGGUUCGAGAAGGAGGUGACCAUCGUCUCGUUCCACUCCUGCGAUCGCGUGAGCAUCAACCGUCCCAUCAGUGGCAUCGACGGCAACAAUCACUUGUGCGUAGCACCCGACAUGGAGAGGCAGAGCUCCACGCCCGGAGCCUGCGUGGACUGCCUGCGCGGCAGCGCCAGCGGCCUGCAUGUGACUCGGCGCGAUGGCAGCGCCUGCCUGCUCGGCAUUGCCACGCCCACCAGCAAGUCCUGCACCAGCUCCGCGCAUCCGCUCUACUACACCAGCCUGCUCGGCCCCAGCAACAGCAGAUUCCUCAACGAGAACAGUGCCAACAGGACCUAGGAUCAGGACCAACUG